UAUUAUUAGACACACCGGUUGUCUCGACAUUAAUAGCAAAACAAAACAAUUGAAUCGUUUUUUUUGUUAUUAAAUUUAAUACAUAUUUAAAUUGAUUUAAUUUUUUUUUAUUGAUAAACGCUAUACACGUGUCACACGUGCGACAACAACAACAACAAUACACAAUGAAAUUAGUGCGUUUUCUAAUGAAGUUAAGUCACGAAACAGUGACCGUUGAGCUCAAGAACGGAACAGUGGUCAGCGGUACGAUAGCUGGCGUAGACGUUGCGAUGAAUACACAUCUGAAAUCAGUUAAACUGUUGAACAAAUCGGGUUCAACUCAGGCGAUGGAUUCGCUGUCGAUUCGCGGAAAUAAUAUCCGAUAUUUUAUAUUACCGGAUGCUUUGCCGCUCGAGACCCUACUGGUCGACGAUACGCCCAAAGCUAAGGCCAAAAAACGCGACGCUCUGGCCUCCCGAUCGAAUGCCGCCCGAGGCAGAGGUCGGGGACGCGGAAGAGGAGCUCGAGGCGGUGGAGGAGGAGGCGUGAGAGGACCCGCCAAACGACGGAUAUAACGAUGUAUUUUAUAAUUUUUGUCACUAAAUCUAAUGUAACUUUUUUUGACUUUCAUUAACACAUUGAUAUAAAUUA